CGCACGUCCUUGGGGACCUCGGAGGCCCCGGUCGUCCGAGACGUCCUCGGGAACGGCCAAGGUCGCCGAAGGCCCAGGGAGACUCACCACGCAGCGUGGUCACCACACCGCUCGGGGGGGCCCCGAGUCUGGCAAAUCCGGAUCAACCCCGCGCCGGAGCAGCUCCACACGACGUCCGUGUGCCCACGGCAGGCGGCGAAGUGGAUGGCCGCCACCCCGAUCCGCUCUCGUCGCCGCUGCACGGGUCCACCCUGGAGUCGAGCACCGCACAGGCGAGGCGAGCGUCUCCUGCCCACGCCGCCUGCAACAGCCUGCGGACCUUGCACCGCUCCCCGCCGCUUCUGGGCGAAGCCGGCGCCGGCCCACCGCAGCUGCUGCCCCGGGAGGGCGGCCGCUGGGCGGCUGCGGGUGCGGCUCCGGAAUGCCCAGGGCCAGACACACGCCCUGCCGCACCUCCGGUCGCACGCGCCGGAGCCUCAGCGCGAUCUCGCGGCGGGCCCUCCGCGCGUGGUGCUCCGAGACCUCGCCGCCGCUGAAAAGAGGCGGCCGCCCGUGAGCCCGCAGUCGUCGUGCCUGACGUGGUCGUGGGCGUCUCCGAGGGCGAAGAGGCCGCCGCCGACGGGCCGGCCCGCUCCGUCGCAGGCGACGUUGUCGCCGCAGUCCUGCAGGCACCUCGGAGGCAGAACGCGCGCCGGCAGUCGGGGCGCGUGCACCAGACCGCGUCGCACCCCCUGUCCUCGUCAAUCAGGAAGGGCGCACGGCAGGACAGAUGGGCACCGCAGCACGAGCAGCUCCUGCAGCUGCCGCACCAGCCUCCGCACCGCCGCCUCCGCGCCCUCCACGCCCUCCUCCGUCGCCGGCCCGCCCUCAGCGCGCUCGGCCUCGGAGGCGCGGGCGGCCGCGGCGAGCGCCGCCUCCAGCGUGCCGCGCGCC